AUGUCUUCCCAAGCACCCAGUGAUUAUGCGGUCAAGCCGGAGCAUCAGCAGGCACAUGCCUAUCCUCCCCAGGCCGGACACUCUUUGCCAGCAAAAUUCCAAUUCGGUCUCUUCGACUGCUUCUCGCCAAUCGGAACAUGUUGUCUUGCUACAUGGUGUCCCUGCGUCGUCUAUGGUCGCAUCAAGGAGCGCGAGGAAGGUGUGAGAGAUCCCAGUGGAAUGAACGGGCAGUGCGCUCUUCACGGUGUGCUGCUCUGCUGUGGUGUCUCAUGGAUCCUGCAAUUUGUCAAUCGCAUGAGCAUGCGCGAGAAGCAUGGCAUGGAGAGCAAUGGUUUUGGCGAUUGCUGCACUGCAUUCUGCUGCCCUUGCUGCGAAUUGAUCCAAGAAGACAAAGAGAUGGUCGUGCGACACACUGGCAUGGAUCCCAAGACGAAACAGGCCUACGUCCCACCACCGAGCAUGUCAUACCCAUAG